AUGAUACCAGAAGUUAUUUUUGAAAAAGAAAGUAGUAAAGCAUCAGAUAUUUACAGUAUAGAAAUGCUUAUGUGGGAGAUUUCAUCUGGACAACCACCGUUUGCUUAUUUCGAUCAUAAUUAUGAUCAUGUAAUGAAUAUAAUAAAUGGAAUGAGAUUAAAUAUAGUUUCAGACACUCCAUUAGAAUAUAAGAAAUUAAUG